CGCCUUAUCCUUUCCUCUUGCUCCUGGACGCCAGUCACAUGCACGCCUACAUCAUGUGAUGCGCAUGAGGUAGGAGAGUUCUUUUCAAUUCCACGAAAACCCAGCCAUGGCCAAGGUAGCUCCCUCCCUCCUCGCCGUCAGCAGCGGCGCUGCCUUCACCGCCCAGCCAUCGCCCAGGAAAGGUGCCAGUUUGUUCCGCGAUCGCGUCGUCAGCAGGCGUGCCAGGAUAUCAGCUAAGCUCGGUGGAGAUGGGGAGCUGAAGCCUCCAGGCAAGAAGAAGUUCAUCACCAGGGACGAGGAGCCGGAACAGUACUGGCAGACUGCGGGGGAGAGGGAGGGUGAGAACCCCAUGAAGACGCCCCUGCCCUACAUCAUCAUCUUCGGCAUGUCCACCCCCUUCGUCAUCCUCGCCAUCGCCUUUGCCAAUGGCUGGAUCAAGGUCCCUGUACGAUGAAACCAUGUCAUCGCGCGAUCAGAUUUUUGGAAGCUUCCAGCCAAACACCUUGUCACUUCCUGCCCUCUCCAGCGAGAGCCCUGCGAGUUUUUACCUUCAUAGAGAUAAAGAGUCAAUGCUUUGUAAAGCACAAUAUCAAUCUUCCGUUCUUCACACAAGACAAGGUUUGUACCAUCAGCAGCUGUCAGGAACAAUCACAUGUCCAACUAUGUCUUGGUUUCCGGUAGACCUCAACUGAUUCUGCUAUACAAAUGGCAUAUACUGUAUCUAAAAUAAGCUAAUGUUCAGUCCAUCCCGUGUUCAAGGUCAAUGAAUUGCCCAGAAAAGGUGUAAAA